AUACGCCAUUUAUUUAUGCCGUCGUCGCCAUCAUCACCAAACAAAGCUAAAAAGAGUCAAACGCUUUGCCUUCUCUCUCUCUCUCCUCUCCUCUACCGCUGCAGGGCACCUGCGCUGCAAUUCCUCCUAUUUUCUUGCCUCUUCUAAAGGCGCUACCGGAUAUAUCGUGGAAAGUUUGCAUUUUUAUUUAUAUCAAGGAUAUCCAUUAGUAAUCUGUGGAAUCCUUGUAUGGUCGAUUUCUGGAUAGGUUGUUGAGUUCUUUUUGUUGUAGCGUGAUACACUCGAUUUAUUUAUUUCCAAAGGAUUAUGAAAAAGUUGCUACUGCAUUAAUCAUACGCAGUUGGUUAGUUAAACUGGGGAUCCUGACUUUAGCUUUUAAUCCGUCAAAAUGUGCUAUUGAAGACUAAAGAUGUUUCCAGUUUAACGAGUCUGCAAAGGCAACCUCCUUGUGAUGAUAUCUGAUUUGUCUGUCUCAGAGGGGCUGCAGAUUUUUUUUGGAUAGCUGCUGCACAGAUUAGAAUGUGCCUCCAGUAACGGUGAUGGCAUUGGGGGCAGCAUGCUGGCUAUUUUAGGUAGACAUGCAAAGGUACACUACAACCAGCGGUGGUUCUGGGGUCAGUAACAGUUCAGUUGGUGGGGUGUCUACUAGGGAAAAUGCAAGGGUGGAUUCAUCCUUUUCAACUUCAAACUAUUCUCAGAAUUCAAGGAAAGAAACAGAUGAUAAGAAGAUCUCUAGGAAAAAGAGCAAGCGACCGCUGCCUUUGCAUCCAUACAAACUAAAGGUUGAUAGGGAACCUCUUAAUUUCAGACUUGGGCCACCUGAUCUAUAUCCCCAGACUCCUAACUGCCCAGAAGAGACACUAACAAAAGAAUACCUGCAAUCUGGCUAUAAGGAGACGGUUGAUGGAAUUGAGGAAGCUAGAGAGAUUGUACUCACUCAGGCUAGUUAUUUCACAAAACCAGAAAUCAUCUUGAAAUGUAAAGAGGCAAUACGAAGGCGCCUUAGGGCUAUUAAUGAAUCUCGUGCACAAAAGAGGAAGGCUGGUCAAGUUUAUGGAGUGCCGCUCACUGGCCAUCUAUUGAUAAAAUCAGGAUCUUUUCCUGAGCAAAAGCCCUCAAGUGAAGACUUCCGCAAGAAAUGGAUAGAGGCCCUAUCAUUGCAUACUAAACGGCUGAGGUCUUUAGCUGAUCAUGUUCCACAUGGGUACAGAAGAAAGUCCCUUUUUGAUGUUCUUAUUCGUCAUAAUGUCCCAUUGCUAAGAGCAACAUGGUUUAUUAAAGUGACUUAUCUAAACCAGAUUCGGCCAGCCUCUACAAGCAUUUCAUCUGGUGCACAAGAUAAAGCUCACUUAAGUCGUACUGAAUUGUGGACAAAGGAUGUUGUUGAGUAUUUGCAGCAACUCUUGGAUGAAUAUCUCUCCAAGGAAGGAUCUGUUGCUCCUGCUUCUAGCAGGGAUCAAUCAUCUCCAAGUCUAUUAUCUGGUUCAGCACAAAAGGUUGACUCUGGUGGUGCGGCAUCUGACGUUGAGGAGCCUUCUUUUUCAUCUAAGUGGUGGUAUAUGGUACAUCUUCUGCAUUGGAACUACUCAGAAGGGCUUAUACUUUCAUCAGUUGUGGUCGAGUGGGUACUUAAUCAACUUCAGGAAAAGGAUUCGGCUGAUGCCUAUGAGUUGUUGUUGCCAAUUGUUUAUGAGAUCAUCGAUAUUAUUGCCCUGUCACAAACUUAUACACGCGGAUUAGUGGAUAUAGCUCUUCGAUCAAUAAAUGACCUUUCUCUGGGUGGUUCUAAUUUGGUAGAAUCUACAAGAAAGUCAUCCAUUUCCUCUGCUUUUGUUGAGAUACUUCGGUACCUUAUACUUGCUGUACCUGAUAGUUUCGUUGCAUUGGAUUGCUUUCCUUUGCCGGCAUGUGUGGUUCCUGAUAUAUAUUCAGCACAUAGAGCUUUAAAGGUAACUAAAGAUAUAGAUUGCCUUCAAACUGGUAAACGAGAUGCUCAUCUUCGUUGCAUGUCAUUUGGAUAUGCUGUGUUGUCAAUCCAAAAACGUGCAUCAAAUCUUGCAAAUACUGCGAACCCUGGUUUUCAAGGUCAGGGUGCUGGUAAAAUUGUACAACUGUUAGAUAAAGCUUUUAUUUUGGGUGAUGCAAGAUUAGCAUAUGGUGCUCUCUUUGAGGAUUUCUCUGAUUCGCCUAUUGAAGAAAAAUGGAUGGCGGAGGUCAGUCCAUCUCUGCGGUCUUCUCUAAAAUGGAUUGGGAGUGUUGAUCUGUCUUUUAUUUGUUCAGUAUUUUUCAUUUGCGAGUGGGCAACUUGUGGUUAUAGGAAUUAUCGAACAAGUACUCUGGAGAAUCAUAAAUUCACUGGUGUAAAAGAUUUUUCUAGAGUAUAUGCUGCAGUUUUCUUGUUAAAGCAUAAGAUGGAACAAGUUUGUGUCUCCUCGCAGUCUAGAAAUGCCAAUUUAUUGGGUUCAACUGGGAAGGCCGUCUCUCUUCCUGAAAAUCUUCCUAGUAUGGUUUCUUUUGAAAAUUCUUUUCUUGAUAACAAAAACAUGGAUCAUGGCAAGAACGGUGUGGAUAUUUUUCAAAGUCCUGGUCCACUGCAUGAUAUAAUUGUCUGUUGGCUAGAUCAACAUGAAAUUGGAAAGGGUGGAGGAUUUAAGCAUCUUCAAGUUCUCAUCUUAGAAUUUAUUAGGAAUGGCAUAUUUUAUCCUCCUGCAUAUGUGAGGCACCUAAUAGUCAGUGGGAUAAUGGACAGAAAUGAAACUUCAUUUGAUUUGGAAAGAAGAAAAAGGCAUAAUAGAAUUUUGAAGCAGCUUCCUGGUGCCUGUUUAUUUGAGGUUCUAGAAGAGUCAAAAGUUAUAGAGAUUGCAUUCCUGAAUGCAGCUGUUCAGGUUUACUCAAAUGAGCGUCAACUGGUUCUUCAUGGAUCUUUUGGUCAUUCUAGUCGCCUGGUUAACAAGCAUGAAAGUUAUGCACCCUUUUAUCUUCGGAAGCAUAAGGAUCUAUCAUUUGCUUCUAAGGAAGGUUCCUCAACUAUGUUAUUGGAGAGCAGUCGGAACUCCAAUAUAGCAUUGCAUUCUAGGCCAUCCAUCAAUUCUAAGGUGAAGGACCAAAUUGCCGAGCUGAAGGUUUUGAUUUCAACUUUACUCCGGUUUCCAUAUUCUUGUUCUUCACAAAUUGAAACACAAGUUGAUGAAUCUCCUGGCAGUCUAAAGAGACUUUUAGGAUCAUCUGGUAUCAGAUUUGAUUCUCCAGAAGGGAUCCCUACUUGUGAAGAUUGUAGGGAAGCAAAGAGGCAAAAGGUAACGGAUGAAAGGAGUUCUUCCCAUCAGGCCAUUGCUUCAAAUCAGUCAGAUGAUGAAGACACUUGGUGGGUGAGAAAGGGUCCCAAAUCUGUAGAAUCCAUGAAAGUUGAACCAGCUAAUAAGUUGACUAAACAUAUUUCAAGGGGCAGGCAAAAGACAGUCCGAAAAAUGCAGAGCCUUGCACAGUUAGCGGCAGCUAGGAUCGAGAGUAGCCAGGGUGCUUCAACUAGUCAUGUGUGUGAUAACAAGAUGAGCUGCCCACACCACAGAUCUGUUAUUGAUGGCAAAGUUCCCAAAGAUGCUGUCAGGUUGAAGACUGUUCAUCUGAGUGACAUUGGGAAGACUAUAAAACAACUUAGGUUACUUGAGAAAAGAUCCAUCUCUAUAUGGCUGUCAACAUCAAUCAGACAACUGGUCGAUGGAAGUGAAAAGACCGUUUCCAAACCAAGCAAUGGUAAUGGUUCCUUUUCCACAGCACUAGAAGAUAGGAAUGCUGUACGAUGGAAACUAGGUGAGGAGGAGUUGUCUACCAUCUUGUUUAUUUUAGAUAUUUCUUCUGACUUAAUAUUGGCUGUGAGGCUGCUUAUAUGGCUCCUAACAAAGUCAUUAUGUGGGCAAAACAAUAACGGUCAUGUCGGGAGAAAUAUUAUGAUGCUAAAUAAAAGUAGGGAAAACCAUGUUUGUCAAGUUGGCGAGGCAUUCUUACUAUCAGCCCUUCAAAGAUAUGAGAAUGUGAUUGUGGCAACGGAUAUGUUGCCUGAACUCUUAAAUGAAGCAAUGCAUAGAGCGAUGGCCACUCUGACACCCAGUGGAAGGGCUUCCUGUUCAGCUGCUUUUGUGUACAGUAGAAAUUUGCUAAAGAAGUACAGAGAUGUCUCUAGUGUUAUUAGAUGGGAAAAAAAUUUUAAAUCUACUUGUGAUCAGAGGUUCCUUGCAGAACUUGAUACUGGUCGCAUGCUUGAUGGAGAUUUAGGUUUCUCUGCUGGAGUUCCUGGAGGAAUCAGUGAUUUCGAUGAAUAUAUCCGCCAAAAGAUUACUGUGAGAGUUUCUCGAACUGGAUCAAGCAUGAAAGACAUAGUGCAAAGGCAUGUUGAGGAAGCUAUGCAUUACUUCUAUGGAAAAGAGAGAAAGCCUUUUGCUACAGUUAAUGCUAAUUCUAAAAACUUCACUGAAAAGUGGGAUGAUGCUUAUCAAGUGGCACAUGAGAUUGUUACUGGACUAAUUGAUUGCAUUCGGCAGAAUGGUGGUGCAACUUUUGAAGGAGAUCCAUCCAUAUUGGCUUCUGCUGUUUCAUCGAUUGUUGGCAAUGUAGGCCCAUCUGUAGUUAAAGUACCGGAUUUUAUGAACUGCAACUACCAAAAUCUUUCUUCCUCCUCUACAUCAUUUAAUUGUGUUCGUUAUAUUUUAUACAUACAUAUAAUAUCACUUUGUUUGCUUAAAGAAGCACUUGGAGAGCGUUUCAGUCGUAUAUUUGAGGUAGCUUUGGCUGCUGAAGCUUCUGCAGCUAUUUCAGGAUCAUUAUCUUCUGUAAAGUCUCAUCGAAAUCCAUAUCAACAGUCUUCUGAAGCCCAUGAUAUUAGUCCAAACCAUUCCAAUGAGAUAUUGAACAAUUCCGCUAAUGUUGUGGGUUUAAGGGUUGCAAAGGCUACCGCUGCUAUAUCUGCACUUAUUCUCGGGGUUAUUGUUCAUGGGGCUGCUAACUUAGAAAGAAUGGUAACAGUUUUUAAACUGAAAGAGGGUCUGGAUGUCCUUCAGUUCAUUAGAAGUGCUAGAUCCAGCUCAAAUGGGAUGUCCCGCUCUUUUGGAAAUUUCAAACUGGAACCUAGUGUUGAAGUUCUUGCACAUUGGUUUCGUCUACUCGUAGGAAACGCUGGAACAGUUUGUGACGGAUUGGUCUUAGAAAUCCUUGGUGAGUCCUACAUAAUUGCUCUAUCUAGGAUGCAGCGAAUGCUUCCUCUAAAUUUGGUUCUCCCACCUGUAUAUUCAAUAUUUGCUAUGGUUAUUUGGAGACCCUAUAUUCUCAACAGUAACAUUGCAACUCGUGAAGAAAUUCACCUCUAUAAUAACUUAUCAUGGACAAUUAAUGAAGUUAUCCGGCACCAGCCAUUUCGUGAUUUAUGUUUCCAGAAUACUCAUGCUUUUUACGAUAUAUUAGCAACUGAUAUAGGUGAUUCUGAGUUUGCUGCAAUGCUUGAGCUACAUAAUCCGGAUAAACAGUUGAAAACAAGGGCAUUUGUUCCUCUUAGAGCAAGACUUCUUCUGAAUGCUCUUAUUGACUGUAAAAUGCCUCCCAAUUCAUUCAUUCAAGAGGAUGGAUCUUUGAUUUCAGAGUCCAAUGAACCAAUGACAUUUUCUGAGAUGGAACAGAACCUUUUGAAUCAGCUUGUGCAUGUUUUGGAUACCUUGCAACCUGCAAAGUUCCAUUGGCAGUGGGUUGAGUUGAGACUUCUUUUGAACGAAAAAGCUCUUCUUGAGAAAAUAGACAUGAAGGACAUGUCUCUUGUAGAGGCCAUUAGAUCACUGUCACCAAAUGCUGAUAAUUUUGCUGUUUCUGAAAGUGACAAGUUUUUGUCUGAAAUUAUCCUGACAAGAAUUCUUGUAAGGCCUGAUGCAGCUCCUCUUUAUGCUGAAAUUGUCCAUCUCCUUGGAAGAUCACUCGAGGAGUCACUUGUGAUGGACAUCAAAUGGAUUUUAGCUGGCAGUGAUGUCUUGUUGGGACGCAAAUCCAUCAGGCAGCAGCUUGUUUCAGUUGCUCAGCGGAAUGGCCUCUCAAUCAAAACCCUUUCCUGGAGGCCAUGGGGUUGGUCAAACAUUAUGGCAGAUGUUACUUCAAAUAAAGGUGACAAGAACAAAUUGGAUAUGGUUACCAUUGAAGAAGGGGAAGUUGUUGAUGAUAGCAGUGAUGGUAAAAGGUCUAGCAAGAUGAACUUUUCCACAAUUGAUGCUGACAUCAUCACCUCUAGUCAGCAUUUUCUAAUCGAGAAAGCAAUUGCUGAAUUAAUACUUCCUUGUAUAGACAGGAGUUCUACGGAUCUAUGCAAUUCAUUUGCUGUUGAGUUGAUAAAACAGAUGAAUAUGAUUGAUCAGCAGAUAAAUAUGUUCACUCGCGGUGUUAAUAAGCAGGCUGGUGUAGGCCCUCCAGGGGUUGAUGUUUCUUCAAAUAAGGGUAGCAGUCGCAAAAGUAUGCGAGGCGGAAGCCCUGGGUUGGGUAGGCGAGCCAUAACGGUAGCUGAUAGCUCUCCUCCAUCUGCAGCAGCACUGAAAGCAUCCAUAUGGUUGCGGAUGCAAUUUUUAGUGAGAUUACUACCUAUUGUUUUUGCUGAUAGGAACAUGCGGCAAAUGCUUGCAUCUAUUACACUUCAUCUGGUGGGAACCCGUUUUGUACAUGAGGAUGCAGACCUGUCUGUUCCUAUGGUGCAUAUGGCUCUGCCAAAGAGGGAGAUGGAGUCUAUUGAGGCUUCAGCUGCUGCUUUACUGGAUUAUUCAGGUGACAGCCUCUUUGAUACUUUUUUGUGUGUACUUCAUGGUUUACUGAGCAGUUGCAAGCCUAGCUGGUUAAAGCCUAAGUCUGCCUCCAAGUCGCUUGUCAAGUCUCCUAAAGAUUUUUCUGCUUUUGAUCGUGAGGCAACCGAAGCGAUGCAGGCUGACUUGGACCGCAUGGAGCUUCCAACAACAAUUAGGCGACGUCUACAAGCUGCAAUGCCCAUACUUCCUGCUUCGCUUUCUAUGUCUCUACCUUACCAUCCUCCAUUGAUGUCAACAACAGCACUAUCAUCAUUGCCACCUUUGACUUCAAUCUCAAGCCCCUUCCAAAGGUCGUCGACGCCGGCACCCGCACGUCCCCUGAUGAAAAACAAGACUCUCCCCUCCCAAGAUCUUGAUAAUGAAAUUGAUCCUUGGACAUUGCUUGAAGAUGGCACAAGCUGUUCUGCUACUUCCAGUGCUGGUGGCAGUGCAGGAUCUAUCAGUGGAGACCACUCCAAUCUGAAGGCCUGCAGCUGGCUCAAGGGAGCUGUGAGGAUGAGAAGAACUGAUCUCACCUAUGUUGGAGUGCUCGACGACGAAAGCUGACAACUUUUUUUCCAUCGCAAUUUUCUCCUGAAAGGUUCAAUCAACAUGACCGGACCUCUCCCCGGCGGCGAAGCUUUGAAGCCGGUAUCUGGGGCUGCUGUGAAAAGAAGACCCUUGUCAAUUUCCUAGGAGGACUGAACCAUCAGUACAGAACCAGGUGGUACCAAGAUUUGGCUGAAGAUCCCAUUUUCUAACCAUGCAUUGCCUUUGUUCUGUAUAUAUGGAAUAUUAAUUUAUUUCUCCAUACAGGCAAAGCAUGUAACUCCAUUUUAAUUCAUUUAUCCCAUGUAAUGUUUCCGGUGAAAAUGGCUUUUGUUCUUUUUGAUAAGGUUAAAAGGGGAGCUUCAGGUUGUAAGAAUAGCAUGGAUUGAUGAUGCAAUUGCAUCUAUUGUAGUAGCUGAAAAACUGAUGCGGGUUGCCGAUUAUAAAUUAUGUUUAGUCUCUUUGA